UUUACAUGUUAAACAUGAAUUUUCGAUGUAACAGUCCAAGUCAAUGAUAACGGUUAAAAUUGCAUGCUGAAUUCGUAUAUUAGAUUAGUUUUUCUCUAAUACAUAAUUUUACGAAUUCUAGUUCUACCUGCCCCAAAAUCUACAAAAACCCACAAAAACCCAAAAACCUACAAAAACCCCAAAAACCCCGGAAAAACCCAGGGGGUUGGGUUUUUCUACAAAAACCCCGGGGCUUUCCGAACCCUGGUUGUGGCGGGUAACACGUAGGGCUGUCAAAUCCGUGAUGAAUUUUUAAAUCUGGAUUUCGGAUUAUUUGUUUUUGUGAGAACCCCAAUCCGGAUUAUAAUUAUUUACUGUUAUUGUUGAUUUCCUUGAAUUUGAGCGACUCAGAUAAAUGUCAGAGAGUCGCAUUGUCCUAUUUACUAGGGAUACCUUUUCUAUGAUGGUUGAAAAAUGAGUUCUAAUUUAACUUUUCGUAUGCACCAUGAUAUGUUUUGAUUACAAAGUGCAAAAAUUUUUCUGCAAAACCAAUUUGCUAAUUUUUUAAUAGCCUUCAAAGUUGGCGAAUGUGGGGGUGGAAUAGGCAGAGUGGGAGUGUGUGGAGAUGGGGGCGGUCGUAUCCCUCGCUAUACACUACCACCACCUGUUACGGUCAUUAUGAUCUGGUUAUUUUUCGCGACACAAUUCUAUGUUUAAUCUUAAAAUUAUGGACCCAAGUUGAACUAGCUUUGAAAGGCAAAGAUAAUUCUUUAGAUUUUAUAAUUCCCCAGCGUUCUAAAUCCACUUCACCAAUGUGUAUUAGAGAUUCUCUUGCAAAAUUAAAUCUUUCGAACACAAAAUCUUCUAUAUCUUAUAACUUCUUCAGUUUGUUGCCAUUCUGGUCGAUGUACGUCUUCAUCCGAGAAAUUGUUGCAUAAGCUGAUAUUUUAGGGAAACGUUGUCUAGUUUUAAACAAUUUAUUUGACUUAACACUGUCGUAAAACUUUAAAUCUUUAUCAUUUCUUCGAGAUUAUAAUUAUUAUGUUCGAUACUUUUAACCUCCCAUUCCUGCGAUGACGAUUCUUCGGAAAUUGCGUGGGUUUGAGCUGCACUGUCACCGUAAAUGUAGAUUUCAUCGUCACUGGAAAUUUCCAAUGCAUCGAGCGUUUCACAUGUACUGGUUGAAAAAUUAAGUAAAUUUUUGAUUAAAAUCAGUCCUUCACUUGCUAAGUCGUUAAGAUUUAAGCCACUGUCAAUUAUCCAGCGGGUACUCCAGCGGUGUCAUAUUUUAGUUUUACUAAUUCUAGUAACAAUUCGCACACUUGUAAAUCACAAUUGUAACCAAGGCGGUUAAGUCAUAUAUUGACACCGUUUUGUUUUGAGUGUAGUGAUACAAUAGACCUGAAUAAAUUCGAUAAUUUCAUACGUAUCAGCAGCAAUCCGCUGAUUUUUUCAUUCUCUCGUGUGUAAAAGGCUGCCAGGAUUUCACACGAAUUAAUUAUGCGGAGAAGUCGUUGCUCACACAAUUCCACGCGUCACGAACUCCUCGUUUAGACCGGUUUGAGUUGAAACAUGAUGUCAGUCGCUGGUAGGAAAAAAGGAAAAUGAGAUAAAAAUGUAAUGCACGUUGGUCUUUGUUCAGAAAGAGUCGACGCUGUGUGGAGACUGGAUUAACUAGAAUUUACUCCUUCUCGGAUAAAAAAAACUAGUAAUUUGCGAUAUAAAUAUGUUUCCACGUGUGCUGCUGGUGUUCUUCUUACUGAGCGAAAUUUCUGCCCAUGGAAUAGAUGAAGACUUGGUAAUAACAUGGGAACAAAAAGAGAAGUUGGAUGAGUUUAGGACAAUUAUGGAACCCCACCUGCCUCAUGACUACAUGAAGACAGACAUUUAUCUUAUUCGCUGGCUUAAAGCCCGAAACUAUGAGAUUCCCGCUGCUUCCCGUAUGCUGCAAGAGAAUCUCUGGUGGCGGGAAGAGAACGAAAUGGACGCUUUAUUGGACGAAGAUUGGACCGAGUUUAACAACCAGUACCGUUUCAACUUGGACGGUUGCGAUGGUAACGGAGCCCCAGUUUUCGUUCUUUUUGCGGGCGAAUGGGACAUGCGACGAGCCGCGUUGGCCGGACAGUCGGAAAAAAUGCGACGCUACAUCGACAAAUGUUUCGAAGAAGCAAGCACCGUUUUGAGAAAUAUGCAAGCGCGCGGGUCCAACGCGACGAGGGCAAAUCUCAUUUUGGAUUUGGGCUCGCUUAGUUUCCAAGUACAGGCUUGUCCCCGGUGUAUUCCUUUCUACCUUUACCUCGUGCAAUCGUUGGGUGCCCACUUCCCCAAUGUAAUUAACGCAUGUAUCGUCAUAAACACUCCGGAAUUUGCGGUCCCGCUCUGGAACAACAUGAUCAAGCCUGUCGCACCCCCAGAGGUUCGGAAGCUGGUGGACGUUUACGGGAGGAAGAGGAGUGAAUGGCGGGAAGCUUUGCUGACCAAGUAUGGCAUCGAUUUCACUAAAAUGAGUCACGAAAUGGGUGGCGACGGACGGGACCCCGUUGAUUCGAACGAUCUCAGAAAGAGUGACUAUUUGUACGAGUGUCCAGAAUUAAAGUAGGAAUAAAUCUGUCCCAAGGAAGCAAAUUUAUACUUAUCCAACUUGGCGAUAAGCUUGAACUUUUAUGUAGUUUUUACUCGAUUGUUGUACAUAUGUACAUAAAACGCUCAAUGGGUAGAUCAUAUAAAAUAUUGUUAGAACUA